GUCUAAAUGUUGGCGUUGGAUUUUGCUGAAUGUUGCUAUUCUUGUUGGGUUUGCACAACAAGAUCAUAGGUGUUUGUAAAAUGCCCAAGCAACCACAAAGAGAAAGGAGGCCUCCGUAUUUUGAGUUUUUCAUUACUAAUUGUCAUGUUGCUGGUCAUUACAGAUUUAACCAAUCAUUGGGACAUUCCAAAAAUAGUAGAAGAAGGAGAAGGGAUUAUCCUGACAUUGUAUCCCCAUGAACAGACGGAUCCGGAUUAUGUAUAUAAAAAGGUUUUGAAGGAUGAGUUUUACAUUGGGCUUAGGCAUAAGAGGGCAACCGGGCAGGAAUAUGCAGAGCUUCUAGAUGAGUUCUUGUGUGCAGUUAAACAGAACUAUGGGGAGAAAGUUCUAGUACAGUUUGAGGAUUUUGCUAACCAUAACGCAUUCGAGCUGCUGGCACGAUAUCGCUCAACUCAUCUUGUCUUUAAUGAUGAUAUACAGGGUACAGCAUCUGUGGUAUUGGCGGGGAUUAUUGCAGCCCUGAAAUUAGUUGGUGGAACCUUAGCAGACAACACUUUCUUAUUCCUGGGUGCUGGAGAAUUGAGGCUCAAACACCAUUUGCCUUUGGAGUCUAUUCUUCUUCUUUUUUUCAUUCUUUUUGUCUGUUUGUUUUUCUUGCACUGCUCAAAUUAAGGACAAUUUGAAAGUAAUAAUACAUUUUUUCUACACUUUGAUACA